AUGGCUUCUUCAACAGGGACGGGCUGGGCCCAACUGCGCCAACAAGCAAGGUCGUUAGAAACACAGACAGAAACACUAUUCCAUACAUAUUCCCAGUUCGCAUCCGCCGCGAAUAUACCAACAAAGCCCUCAGAAGAUGAAAGACAGACUGAGGCAAAGCUCCAAGAGAUACUAGAUAAACGAGGAGCCCUCGUGUCACAACUCACCCGCCUCCUCGACUCUGAAGCAACCCUCACAGCCUCAGCCCUCAAACAAAGCAAUCUUUCUCGGCAUCGCGAGGUCCUCCAAGAACACCAACGCGAGCUUGCCCGCCUAAAGUCUCACAUACAAGAGGCGCGCAACCGGGCAAACCUGCUCACGAAUGUGCGGAGCGACAUCGAUGCAUACCACUCCAGCAAUCCCGAAGCGGCAGAGGCGGACUAUAUGCUAGGCGAGCGAGCACGGAUUGACAAUAGCCAUAAUGUGGCGGAUAGCGUGCUCAGCCAGGCAUAUGCUGUGAAUGAGAGUUUCGGCUUGCAGAGGGAGACGCUGGCUAGUAUCAAUCGACGGAUCACGGGGGCGGCGAGCCAAGUCCCUGGGCUGAAUAGUCUGAUAGGGAAGAUAUCGGCGAAGAAGAGGAGAGAUGGGAUUAUAAUGGGGAGCUUUAUUGCUGCCUGUUUUCUUUUGUUCUUGUAUUUCAUGUAA